CGCAUCUUCCUUCGUACAAGUUAUAUCCAUAUGACAACUGGACUCUGACCAACAUCAACGAUUGUAGUCCCGACUUGACCCAACCGACUGUCGAUACCUUUCACUUUGUUUGUUUUGUCUAUCCGUCCAUUCAUCCGCCGUUACAAAAUCCCACCGACCAGCGCCACUUCAUUCGGUGGACCGUUACCCAUGAUCCCUCCGCUGUGGUAGCUGCACGCCUUCCAGAACCCAACCCCAAGACGCAUCUCGAUAAUGAGUGCUUCUACCAACAUCGCCCGUCGGGCCGCCUUCCUAGGCAAUGCACGCGCCAUGUCAGCAUUGACUUUGCCGCCGCCUACCCUCGGUCGAUACGCGAGACACCUGCCUCGAAAGACAUCCGCCAUUGCCAUUCUCAUCCCUUUGCGGCAUUUGGGAACAGACCAUCACACCCAGAGCCAGUCGCAAUCCGCCCCCCCGCCUGGUUUCAACGUGGAGCAAGCUAAGAAGCCGCUACCAAAGGAGAAUACCUCGGCUGCGAAAACGGACCAAAAAUCGAAGGACUCGAAUUCCAAGACAGCCAAUAACGAAGGCGCCCAAGCCGUCUCCAAGGAUUCUGUCAAGGGAGUGAAGGCUGACUCGGAUGCGAGCCUGACCGACCUGGCGAAUGCGAAACAGGCCGCCGUCGACAACAAGAAAGAUGGCCAGAAGGACAAGAAGACCCUCUGGCAGAAGAUCAAACACGAAGUACAACACUACUGGGAUGGAACCAAGUUGCUUGCCGUUGAGGUUAAGAUCAGCACUCGCCUGGCUGUCAAGAUGGCUGCAGGAUACGAGCUCAGCCGGAGAGAGAAUCGUCAAUUGAAGCGGACCGUGCAGGACCUUGGCCGCCUAAUUCCAUUCUCCGUCUUCAUUAUCGUCCCUUUUGCCGAACUCCUUCUGCCCGUUGCCCUUAAGCUGUUCCCCAACUUGCUGCCAAGCACCUACGAGGCCCAGAAAUCCAAAGACGCCAAGGCAACCACUCUGCGUACGACCCGCAAGGAAGUGAGCGAUUUCUUGCGGCGCAGCCUAAAGGAAACCGGUCUUCCCGUAACGCCAGCGACUAUCCAGCGUGAGGAGUUCACAACUUUCUUCAGGAAACUGCGGUCCUCCGCCGAAACACCUACGGACGACGAUGUCAUCAAGGCAUGCCAGAUCUUCAAGGACGAUUUGACCUUGGACAACCUCUCCAGGCCACAGCUGGUGUCCAUCUGCCGGUACAUGAACCUGAACACUUUCGGCACCGAUAACAUGCUGCGGUACCAGAUUCGGCAUCGCAUGAAGCAAAUCAAGAGAGACGACAGGCAAAUCAGCUACGAAGGCGUUGAUAGUCUGACGUCAGGCGAGCUGCAGAUGGCCUGUGCCAGUCGUGGUAUCCGGACCCAGAGCGUAUCGCCCGCCAGGAUGCGGGAGUAUUUGCAACAGUGGCUGGACCUCCGGCUCACGGACCGUGUGCCGUCGACUCUGCUUGUGCUGAGCAACGCCUAUAUGUACGGCCAGGGAGCUGGCGGUAGCACUAGCCAGAUCGACGCUUUGGUGGGCGUUCUCUCGUCUAUCCCCGACGAGCUGCUCCACGAGAUUGCUCUGGAGGUUCACACGGCCGAGGGAGCGGCCACUAAUAAACAGCGGUUGGAGGUCCUCAAGGAGCAGGAAGACCUCAUCGAGGAAGAGAACGACCAGAACCAGGAGAACGCCAUCACCGGCCUGGCCACUCCGCGCGACGUCGAGGACAUCGACGACAAGGAUGAGACGCAUGUUCCUGUCGAGGCCAAGUCGGUGGGUGCUGACGCGGUGCGGGAGGCUGAGGAGGCGGAGCAGGAAGCAGUGGCUGCCAAGCGCCAGCAGCAAGCCGAUAUGGAGCAGAAGAAGCCUUGAACGGCACGCGGAAGGCUCUUCUUCGUCGUUCGCUCUACGCGUGCUUUUUUCUUUUUUUCUUUCUUUUUCUUUCUUUCUUUUGUGUCUGGGAACCUAACCCCCUUGUAUUCCAUCACCUAUGUCCAGCUAACGAUGUCUGAGAGGUGUAUAACUUCACCCAGCACGAGGCGUGCAAAACUGAGAUCAAUACAUAACACCAAGGGGAAUGGGCAUGGGUUAAGCUGAUAGAUGACAUUCUUCUCAGGAAAGGCAGAUAUAAUUCCACUUUUGUAUUAUGAUGGAGGCACUCUAGUAAUCCUGUACAUAUUAUAAAUAAAACGACUUAUCUCUGGUUAUAAGAUCGACCACUCCAAUAUCGUAGCUAGGUAUCGCGAACUUCAUACCGAUCACUGCUGUGUCUGCGGUGUUACGCUAUUGACAUCUGUGGUCUGAGCUGGCUUGUUCCAGGUUGC